CGGCCCGUUCGAGCCCAGCUUGUCCGCGCGGCCCGAGAGCCGAGCCCCAAGCCGCCCAGAAGAAAACCCCCUCCGCCGCCGACGCCGCCGCCGCCGUUCUUGAUGCGCCUCUGCUCCAAGCUCGCGGCGCUGCUCCGGAGGUCCCGCCACUUCGUCCCCGCCACCGCCGCCGCCGCCUCCGGGUCCGCGACAGCCGCCUCGGCGAACGGGAUGGAGGAGGCGGCCGCGGGCCCGCUGCGCACGCGCGUGUGCAUCAUCGGGAGCGGGCCGGCGGCGCACACGGCGGCGGUCUACGCGGCGCGCGCCGAGCUGAGGCCCGUGCUCUUCGAGGGGUUCCUCGCCAACGACAUCGCCGCGGGCGGGCAGCUCACCACCACCACCGACGUCGAGAACUUCCCGGGGUUCCCCGAGGGCAUCCUCGGCGCCGACCUCAUGGACCGCUGCCGCGCGCAGUCGGUGCGGUUCGGGACCAGGAUCUUCUCCGAGACCGUCACCGCCGUCGACUUCUCGUCCCGCCCCUUCCGCGUCGCCUCCGACGACACCGUCGUGCACGCCGACGCGGUAGUCGUCGCCACCGGCGCCGUCGCGCGCCGCCUCCAUUUCGCCGGCUCCGACGCGUUCUGGAACCGCGGCAUCUCUGCCUGCGCCGUCUGCGACGGCGCCGCGCCCAUCUUCCGCAACAAGCCCAUCGCCGUCGUCGGCGGCGGGGACUCCGCCAUGGAGGAGGCCAACUUCCUCACCAAGUACGGCUCGCGCGUCUACAUCAUCCACCGCCGCAACGCCUUCCGCGCGUCCAAGAUCAUGCAGGCCCGGGCACUCUCCAACCCCAAGAUCCAGGUCGUCUGGGACUGCGAGGUCGUCGAGGCGUACGGCGGCGCCAAUGGUGGUCCGCUGGCCGGGGUCAAGGUCAAGAACGUGGUGAACGGCGAGGUCUCCGAUCUCCAGGUUGCCGGGCUCUUCUUCGCCAUUGGACACGAGCCAGCGACAAAGUUUCUCGGCGGACAGCUCGAGCUGGACUCUGAUGGCUAUGUCGUGACCAAGCCCGGGUCCACACACACCAGCGUCAAGGGGGUCUUUGCCGCCGGUGAUGUUCAGGACAAGAAAUAUCGCCAGGCCAUUACUGCCGCAGGAUCAGGUUGCAUGGCUGCGUUGGAUGCGGAGCACUACCUACAGGAGAUUGGAGCACAGGAAGACAAGACCGAUUGACUAUAUCUGGGACCAGCAACGUUGGCGCCAAGUGCUACACUAUAAGGCACAAAGUUGAUAAUUGUGGCUGCUCAAAUCAAAGCAGCAGAUUGGUAUUGCUUUGUAGGUCUCAAAUUCAAGAUACUUUGUUAGAAAGAUGAUUACAUGUGAAGGGACAAAAAACAUGUGUUGACAAUUUAAAUUAUGCACAUUGGAUGGGUAUCAAUUUACAAAAUCGUGAAUCCUGGCUGCGAAUUGUUUAUGGAGUA